AAGAAGUGUGAAGGACACAGGAACGAAAUGUUGGUGCUGUCUAACAACACAGCCAUGAAUUCACUCCUCUCCAAGCUGCUUCAAGACUAUAUGGAGCAGACAAAUAACUCUGCACCUUCCCAGGUCAGAAGUGCCAGCACCAACCUGGAAAUCAUCUACGUGUUGAUGAUGUUUGGCCUCUUUGGCUUCUUCACAGUAGGAGUCAUGCUGACCAACAUCCGCGCCAGGAGGCUGGAGGGCUCCCACGACCCCUACAACACCUACAUUGCCACAGACGUUUGGCACAAGAAGGACAGGCAGUAUUUUCAAGCCAAGCUCAUAGAAAAUUACAAGCUGUGCUGUGUCUUUGAAAACCAGCUGGCCGUGGAGCAGCCAGGCAUGCAGAUUCCCGAGGCAAAGUCUUCCUAG